GCUCACUCUCAGUGUUGAUUCUCACUUCUCAUAAAUCUCAAUCUCUUUCUCUUUGAUUGUGUUUGUCUCUAAUCUAUCAUCAUCCCCCUGAAGAUGGAUCCUUCUGUGGAAAGAGUUUCAGGAGCAAAGGGGGAAAACAGUGGUGAUGGCAACAAUCUUCAGGUGGUGCCUUAUUCUGACAACAAAAUGAUGGAUCCGUCUGAGGAAAGAGUUUCUGGAGAAAAAGGGAAAAACAACGGUGCUGGUGGCAACCAUCUUCUGGUGUCUUAUUCUUCUGACAACCAAAAUAUGGAUCCUUCUGAGGAAAGGGAUUCAAAAGGGCACCACAAUGAUGGUGGUGCCAACAACCUUCAGCUGUUGCCCAAUUCUGAGAACAACAAUGAAAUGGUUACAGGACAAGGGGAAAAAAGUGGCGGUGGUUCUCAGCUGGUGCCUUAUCCUGACAACUACAACAACGAAACGCUUAUAGAACAAGGGUGCAACAAUGGUAACAGUGGUGAAGGUGAUGGUAACAAAGGUGAUGAAGGUGAUGGUAGCAACCUUGAGGUGGUGGUGCCUUUUUCUGCAACCAAAAAAGUGGUGCCUUCUUCUUCCACCAAAAGAGUUUGUCUUCACUGCAAGCGUGAAUUCAGCUGUGGAAGAGCCUUGGGAGGGCACAUGAAAGUCCACACCAAGGGCCGAAAGAAGUUCCAGUUCACGCGCACAAAGAUGAGCAAGUGGAGAGUGUCUCGACCCUCUUCAUCAGCGCCACCAAAGAGGAGCACCAAAGCAAGUGGUGCUGAUCAUCACCGCAAGACCACUGAUUCCUCCAAGUCCCUGCUAAGGUGGAAGGUUCAGAAGAAGAGGGGUAGCAACGAAGAGAAGAACAAAACCGUGGCUGCACCAGAUGAUUCCUCUAGCGACGAUGAUUACAUCGAGUGCCACCAGGAUGACUCAUGCGAUGAAGAUGACUAUGACAACAUCAGGCUGAGGAAGAAGCUUAGGAGAUUUGGCUUCAAUGGCACUGCACACAAGAUUUGUUGGACUAGGAGAGUGAUGAUGUGCAAAGUUUGCAACCAGUUUUUCAAAACAUUCGUUGGUGUGUUUCAACAUGUGGACGAAAAGGAUCCAACAUCGGACACUGAACAAGAGAAUGCAGGUGAAGGUCCUUCCACACGAGGUGUUGGUGAAGUGGAUGCUGCCAUGGGAGAUAACAAUGCAGGUUCUGGUGAAGUGAGUGAGAAGAGUGGUGGUGGUAAAGUUGAAAAUUUGGAUCUCAACAAGAUGCCUCCUGCUGAAGACUGAAGCACAAAUAAUAGUGGUGUAUGAACUAAAAUAAAGUGGGGUUGUUAGUUUUUCAUUAUCUAAGUUAUGUUUAGGGAUAUCUGAAGUUUUUUCAGAUCUAGGGUUUAAUUAUCUGUUUCUUUCUGUUGUUGGACAAUGUAGUAGUUUUCUUUCAUCUAUGUGGAUUUGCAUGCAUCCCCUUGUUUCUAGGAUUUAUCUCUUUGUGAUGAACAAUAUAAUAGUUUUCUUUUACUUGUUUAA